GGUGCGCCAGCCGCCUCAUCCCUCGGCGGCUUCCGCCGGAAGUGCCCUCCCUUGCGGACUUGCCCCGCUCUGGACUUCCGACUGGAGAGAGGCUCUUCCCCGAGCGCGCGAGGCCGUGCCUCAGCCUGGCGACCCUGCAUUCAGUUAACCAUGGCAGUGGUCAGUUUGCACCAACAGCCCCUUAGGUGAGGAUUCUGCUGGGACCUCCAGUGUUCAUUCACUCUGAAUCAUGGAAGCCAAGAGGACCUCUCUAGCCUGGAGACAUUCUUGCUGAGUGGUGUUGCCCAGGUCAACUGGCUCUCCCCACAACUAUCUUAAGGAGAGGUGCUGCCCUCACUGACCCAGAGCUGGGGUUCUGCAGCCACCACGGAUGGGGAGGUGGGCCCUUGACGUGGCCUUUGUGUGGAAGGCAGUGUUGACCCUGGGCCUCGUCCUUCUCUACUACUGCUUCUCCAUUGGCAUCACCUUCUACAACAAAUGGCUGACAAAGAGCUUCCACUUCCCGCUCUUCAUGACCAUGCUGCACCUGGCUGUGAUCUUCCUGUUCUCCGCCCUGUCCAGGGUAUUGGUUCAGUGCUCCAGCCACAGGGCCCGUGUGGUACUCAGCUGGACCGACUACCUCAGAAAAGUAGCUCCAACAGCACUGGCAACGGCACUUGAUGUGGGUUUGUCUAACUGGAGCUUCCUGUACAUCACUGUCUCACUGUACACAAUGACCAAAUCCUCUGCUGUCCUCUUCAUUUUGAUCUUCUCUCUGAUCUUCAAGCUGGAGGAGUUGCGUGCAGCACUGGUUCUGGUGGUCCUCCUCAUCGCCGGUGGCCUCUUCAUGUUCACCUACAAAUCCACACAGUUCAACAUCGAAGGCUUUGCCUUGGUGCUAGGGGCCUCCUUCCUCGGUGGCAUUCGCUGGACUCUCACCCAGAUGCUCCUGCAGAAGCCUGAACUCGGGCUCCAUAAUCCCAUUGACACCAUGUUCCACCUACAACCGCUCAUGUUCCUGGGACUCUUCCCGCUCUUUGCCAUAUUUGAAGGUCUUCAUUUGUCCACGUCUGAGAAAAUCUUUCGUGCCCAGGACACGGGACUGCUCCUGUGGGUACUGGGGAGCCUUUUCCUGGGCGGGAUUCUCGCCUUUGGUUUGGGCUUCUCCGAGUUCCUCCUGGUCUCCAGAACCUCCAGCCUCACUCUCUCCAUUGCCGGCAUUUUUAAGGAAGUCUGCACUUUGCUGUUAGCGGCUCAUCUGCUAGGUGAUCAGAUCAGCCUCGUGAACUGGAUGGGUUUUGCCCUCUGUCUCUCGGGCAUAUCCCUGCACGUGGGCCUCAAAACCCUCAACUCCAGAGGUGAUGGUGGCCCUAAACCUGUGAAGGGAUUAGGUUCCAACCCAGACCUGGAACUGCUGCUCCGCAGUAGCCAACAGGAGGAAGAUGACAAUGUGGAGGAGGAAGAACAGUACUUUGUGGCCCAGGGGCAGCAGUGAAUAGCUCCACUUCCUCCUGGGAAACUGGCCCUUCCCUAACCCUCACUACACAGUAGCUGGGGAGGCCCAGUGGCUCUUUCACAGCAGUGUGGGAAUGGAAGACCCAAGAGUGGCCAGGAUUGAGCCUCUAGUAGCACAUGGCCGUGUGGCAGGACUUAGGGUAGGAACCUUGUCAAGCAAGAGUCAGCACUCUCACCACCUCAGACCUGGCCAGAACUGGGCCCAGGCUGUGCUGGAGUUCCAGCUACAGGAGGAGUGGCCAUUAUCCACUUCUCUCCAAACCCUGAAGCCAAGCUGUGUUUUCAGAGGCCUCAAGGGUUUGUUGUUUUUUUUAUAAAAGACUAGGUCUGAACUGCAGAGCAGUUGGGGAGGGGAAGCAGAUAGGCUGGGGCCUCAUCUGCAAAAAGAACAGAUCUAUUUAUAGUUUGAAAAUAAAGGGUUUCCGGUCCACUGGU